GAUGGCAGAGGCACCGGCCUCCCCGGUCCCGCUCUCUCCGCUGGAAGUGGAGCUGGACCCAGAGUUCGAGCCCCAGAGUCGGCCGCGCUCCUGUACGUGGCCCCUGCAGAGGCCGGAGCUGCAGGCGAGCCCGGCCAAGCCCUCGGGGGAGACGGCCGCGGACUCCAUGAUCCCCGAGGAGGACGACGAUGAAGACGACGAGGUCGGCGGCGGCCCGGCCAGCUCGGCCAUGGUGAUCGGUGGCGGCUUGAGCAGCACGCUGGGCUCUGGGUUGCUCCUCGAGGACUCGGCCAGGCUGCUGGCUCCCGGAGGGCAGGACCUCGGGUCCGGGCCAGCGUCCGCCGCAGGCGCGCUGAGUGGGGGCACGCAGACGCCGCUGCAGCCUCAGCAGCCACUGCCACCGCCGCAGCCGGGGGCGGCUGGGGGCUCCGGGCAGCCGAGAAAAUGCUCUUCGCGGCGGAAUGCCUGGGGGAACCUGUCCUACGCCGACCUGAUCACCCGCGCCAUCGAGAGCUCCCCGGACAAACGACUCACUUUGUCCCAGAUCUACGAGUGGAUGGUGCGCUGUGUGCCCUACUUCAAGGAUAAGGGCGACAGCAACAGCUCUGCUGGCUGGAAGAACUCCAUCCGGCACAACCUGUCACUGCACAGCCGGUUCAUGCGAGUGCAGAACGAAGGAACCGGCAAGAGCUCCUGGUGGAUCAUCAACCCUGAUGGCGGCAAGAGCGGGAAGGCCCCCCGGCGACGGGCCGUCUCCAUGGACAACAGCAACAAGUACACCAAGAGCCGCGGCCGGGCGGCCAAGAAGAAGGCGGCCCUGCAGGCCGCCCCAGAGUCGGCGGCCGACGACAGCCCUGCCCAGCUCUCCAAGUGGCCUGGCAGCCCCACGUCCCGCAGCAGCGACGAGCUGGAUGCAUGGACAGACUUCCGCUCGCGCACCAAUUCCAACGCCAGCACAGUCAGUGGCCGCCUGUCGCCCAUCCUGGCAAGCACAGAGUUGGACGACGUCCAGGACGAUGACGCCCCCCUCUCGCCCAUGCUCUACAGCAGCUCUGCCAGCCUGUCGCCUUCUGUGAGCAAGCCGUGCACCGUGGAGCUCCCGCGGCUGACGGACAUGGCGGGCACCAUGAAUCUGAACGACGGCCUGACCGACAACCUCAUGGACGACUUGCUCGAUAACAUCUCGCUCCCGCCCUCCCAGCCAUCGCCCCCCGGGGGGCUUAUGCAGCGGAGCUCCAGCUUCCCAUACACCGCCAAGAGCUCCGGCCUGGGUUCCCCAACCAGCUCCUUCAACAGUACGGUGUUUGGACCCUCGUCUCUGAACUCCUUACGCCAGUCGCCCAUGCAGACCAUCCAAGAGAACAAGCCAGCCACCUUCUCUUCCAUGGCACACUAUGGUAACCAGACACUCCAAGACCUGCUCACGUCAGACUCCCUCAGCCACAGCGAUGUCAUGAUGACUCAGUCGGACCCCUUGAUGUCUCAGGCUAGCACUGCUGUGUCUGCCCAGAACGCCCGCCGGAAUGUGAUGCUCCGCAAUGACCCCAUGAUGUCCUUCGCUGCCCAGCCUACCCAGGGGAGUUUGGUCAGUCAGAACUUGCUCCACCACCAGCACCAAACCCAGGGCGCUCUUGGUGGCAGCCGUGCCUUGUCCAAUCCUGUCAGCAGCAUGGGCUUGAGUGACUCCAGCAGCCUUGGGUCAGCCAAACACCAGCAGCAGUCCCACGUCAGCCAGUCUAUGCAAACCCUCUCGGACUCUCUCUCAGGCUCCUCACUGUACUCAGCUAGUGCAAACCUUCCCGUCUUGGGCCAUGACAGGUUCCCCAGUGACUUGGACCUGGACAUAUUCAAUGGGAGCUUGGAAUGUGACAUGGAGUCCAUUAUCCGUAGCGAACUCAUGGAUGCUGACGGGUUGGAUUUUAACUUUGACUCCCUCAUCUCCUCACAGAACGUUGUUGGUUUGAACGUGGGGAACUUCACUGGUGCUAAGCAGGCCUCAUCUCAGAGCUGGGUGCCAGGCUGAAGGAUCACUGAGGAAAGGGAAGUGGGUAAAGCAGACCCUCCAACUGACAGAAGACCUACAGAGAAAACCCUUUGCCAAAUCUGCUCUCAGCAAGUGGACAGUGAUACCGUUUACAGCUUUGUGAAUCCCACGCCAUUCUCCUAACCCAGCAGAGACUGUUAGCAGCCGUGGCCCUGGGUGAAGCCCUGACCCGUGGAACAGAACUCUAUAAUGUAUGCAAAAUCUAGCUCCUGAGUGACCUGCCGGCGAGGACAGCACCCUUCCACCCCACCCACUCUCCUUCAGAGCACACCGGGAGCCCCUGGCGAUCCUGUCGAGCUUCAUAUCAUGAUGGUUUAUGGGAUGUUUUGAGUGUUGUGUGUUUCCCUUUGGCCCUCUGAGUCUUCUACACAUAGUCACUUCAGUAUUUUUAACGUUAACUGCCCUUCCCCUCGCACACUUCAAGGCAGAAGGGCAGUGCUGUACCAGUUCCCGGUCUGGCUUUGAGCGUCACAAGCUUCCCAGCCCGUGGAACUCCACAAACUUAACCCAUUACAUAAACUAAAGGGGGAUUUUCUUUCUUCUUUUGUUUGGUAGAGAAUUAUCCUUUUCUAAAAACUGAACAAUGGCACAAUUGUUUGCCCUACGCACCCGUCCAGGACUGAACUGUGCGUAGGCGGAGCAAACGGAGGCAGGCAUCUGACCCAGUAGUUUCCAGGUCUGAGUCGGGGUGGUCUGUGGACGGGGACCCCAGUGCCCACCCUCCAGCUGCCUGCUCAGCAGGGCUUGCGGUCCCGUCAUUCUCCUCAGCUAAUGCUGUAGACAGUGUCUGCUCUUAGGAACUAGGACCUCUUCGGGAAAGCUCAGCUACCACUCAUUGCCAAAUGCCACUAAUGGGUUGAGUUUUAAGGAGAAAAGGAAAAAGAUGUGCGCUGUUUGGCGUAAUAGAAGAUGUGGGAUUACUGGUGAGCCGUUAAGCGUGCGGUGAGAAAUGUGUGAAAUAGAUAAACUAAGUCUGUGCUAAGGCAGGUCCAACUUCACUGUUUUUGAAACAUACACAUCUUUUGAUUAUUUUCAACCUUGCUGUGUAUACUCUGAUCUUUGUAGAAGUGUAUGAGUGACAGGCAAUAGCGUACAAGGUGAUAUAUAGAAGAUUAGAUUGUAAUUGUACAAGUGACACUUGGAAAUACAAGAUAAGGCAGUUUAAACUUUUUUUCUUAAAACUCUCUGCUUCUAUGGAUCUCAUUUUUCUGUUUUGUUUUCCAACAGUUAUGGUGCUGUACAGGUGCUUUCUGUUUAACCUGCAAAGUGUGAGUGCGUUCAUGACUCCUUUGAGAGACAGCGUGGUUGGGGACACCUUUGGUACAUACAGAACUGGUGUGACGAUGCCCUGGUUAGCACAGCAUAUACAUACUCCUCCAAAGUGAUACACGGAGACUCUUUUCUUUGCAUAAAAAGCAUUAGGCACAUAAGGGUAUAAAUAUAUUUUAUCAUGUACAGUACAGAAGUGGAGCUUUGUGCAUGGCGUUGGGAAUGUGGGCUGAUGUUCCAGCAUGGGUUCCUGCUCGAGUUCCCGCCGUUGCAUGCACUGUGGCAGCAGACACCAACACGGGCGUGCCCCCCAGUCCCCUGCACCCACCACCUUGUGCACCUUUGCUUUCUAGCUCCUCUGGGGGUGGUGUUGGUGGCAGUCACGGCUCCUAGCGUAAUGAGAGUUCCGUUUGGUGUUGUCCCACGUCUUUCUUGCCUCGCUUGGGUUAUCAUGUCAGAGCAAUGGCCCUGUUGAUUGCACUCAGCCUUUUCCAGAAUCUGUACAUGGUCACGCAGUUAGGGCUCUCGUAGGCUUAUAGCACAUUGCCUUUUCCAAACUGCUACGUUUAUAGUCUUCAUUUUUAAAGUCUAAUUUUGAAAAUGUGUAUAAUAUUCACGUGGUCUGCUUGUCCGUGAGCCCUACCUGCUUGCUUCAUUCCUUGAUGGUGAUACUAGCCACUCCCUGUUCUUCCGUAGUCAGCUGUCCACAUGCCCUGUGUCAUUUCAGCAGAGGGCUGGCGGGCUGGCUUCCCAGAGUGCUGCUUCCUCGGUGGGUGACGGUCGAGGGGAUGGAGAGAGCUCAGGUACAAGGGAGGACCCAAGUGCUUCCAACAGGGGGGCCCUGAGAAUUCUCUCCUGAGUUUAAAGAAAUGAGCAGACUAACUCACAGGCCAGCCGCUUGGCUGUGCAGUUUCCAGGCCCUGGGAGCGGGAAAGGCAAUCCUCCAGUGUAUUCCCCUAGUUUUAAAAUGUCGAGUUCCUUUUAGACACGUAACUUCUCAUUUGUUUCCUUUCCCAGUGUUUGUUGGAUUUCAGGCACUAAGUUUCACAGAAUGUCCUAGAAACAGAUUAUAAGCUGAAGCAAAGACAGUGUGAGGCCAGGGCGGCCUCAGCAGAUCAGAAAAGCAGAGGCAAAAUGCCUUGAUGUACUUUACUUUUUAAAAUAAUACAGAGUCCACACAUAGGAUGUGUGGAGAGCUGGGGCCUUCCAGGCCCAGAACUCUUACACACCCACCCUCAGGGGCCCCACACAGAGAGGCCACGCUCCUGUAAGAAGCCCAGUUCUCUGGCGGUCGUACUCCGCAGAGGUGACACCUGGGCCCUCUGUACCUUCUGUUAAAACCACGCUUUCGGGGUAGGCUGGCCAUUGUCCACCAAGUAGCAGUCCCAAUGUCUUAAACCCGUAACAAUGAAGUGCUCUGUAGAGACAUCUGAGCAGAUGCCCUCAUGACCUCCGAGGCUAGGGCCAGCUGCUGUGGUGGAGUCCUGAUGAGACAUGCCUGCGUGAACCUUCUCAGGGCACCCCGCACACUUGUGACAGGACAUAGAGAGCAGAGUGCCCGAUGCUGAGGACUGAGGCGCUCUUGAGCACCGUGGUUCUCUUCGGGCUCUAGAAUCUGCUGUCUUUGACCAAAGCUAGAGAAGAGCGUUAUGGCAAGCCUACCCCGUCCUGGCGUUGGGACUGGCGGGGCUCAGCAUACCCUGUUCACUGUGAGUGCGUCUGAGGCGGUGACCCUCCUUGUGUCCUCUGCAGCUGCUGGAGCACAUAGGACGUUUUCCUGCGUCUC